AUGGCAUCUAGCUCAAAUCAAAGCGAUAAUUCCAAUGGAAAAAAAUAUCCUGCGUCGGAAUUUCGUAGAUUUUUGGAAAAGUCAAUUGCGUAUAUCGGUGAGGUUCGUCGUCAUAAAUUUGAUUGUCAACUAGCAGCCGCUGCAGCUGCGUAUUCACCUGGUCCGCGUUAUUCAGAUGACACAAUCAAACAAUACGCUAAAAUCCUUGCAUCACCAGAUAAUAUUUAUUACUAUGGCAGUGCCGCAGCGAAUAAUGGUCAUGAUCGUACUUCAGUCAAUAAGGUAUUACAAUCAGUUCGCACAGGUGAACGAGUCGUCUUAAGUUCGCACGAAGCGUCACAUAUUCGAGAAGGGGCAGCAUGGUUAGUAAGUCAUAAACAUGAAUUUAGUGAGGGUUUUAUCAACUCGGUAGCGUCACUGUAUGAAAAUGUUUAUGAUGAAGAAGGACAUAAAGUGGUUGAUCGAAGAACAUUAAAGUAUUGA